AUGGGCAGCCGACUACUGCCCUACUCCAUUCGUGCUCUAGAGCGGCUUCCCACUCGGGCGGCUUCAUCAAGACAAGUCCCCAGCCCUAGGGUGUCAUGUCAGGCUCGCCUUUACUCGAGCGAGACGCCCCAAUCACCGCCCCUUUUGUCCAAGAUCAAGGGUGAUCUCAAGGCUGCCAUGAGAGCGAAAGACCAAGCACGCCUAACUGUCCUCCGCUCCAUUAUAUCCGCGACCAACAAUGCCGCCAAGACAUCGUCGCCCAUCAAGACCGACGUUCAGCUCGUAGCCCUCCUGCGCAAGACGGCUCGGGCAUUUCAGGACGCGGCUGGGGAGUUCCGCGAUGCAGGACGACAAGACCUGGUCGAAAAGGAAGAGGCUCAGGUCCGGAUCCUCGAGGAAUACGCGGCCGAAAGCGGCGUCGAGAGCCUAGGAGAGGUGGAGCUCAAGGCUAUUAUACAAAACGUCAUAACAGAGAUUGCGGCAGAGAGCCUGGACAAGACAAAACAGUCAGGCGAGGUCAUGAAGAGACUCAUGGCUAAGGGUGGGCCGUUAGAUGGAAAGGACGUGGACAGGGCAGCGGUGUCGAAAUUGGUGAAAGAGGCAGCCUCGUAA